CUCAUGUAACACAUUUCUCUGAGAGUGACACCCUAUCUGUGUCAAAGUAGCCGACCUAUCGAUUUUCAGAUUAAACUGGCGGACUACAUCAAUAUCACAUCCCGGCUUUACAAAUCAUGCUGAUAAAUCGAAUGCUGCAUGGUGGCACUCGCUGCUUUUUCGUUUCAAUGUUGCCCAUAAACGACUAUAACCUAGAGAAAGCGGCUUGUCCUCAGACUGAGAAACUCUUUGGUGCUUCUCGGAAUUGAAUCUAUCUUUUACAGUGAAAUAAUUACUCAAACCAUCCAAAUGUGUAUGUGUGCCUUUAUUGUGUUAGAAUGUGAUUUAUGUGAGCAUCCUGACACAUUACGGAUAUCCUGACAAUGGUGUUAUCUUGGUUGGGAACGACAUUCUUAUGGAUGGAAUAUUCGACGGGCUAGGGGCUGAUUAUGUUCGUUCCUUGCGAAUUGCCCUGGGGCUUCCGGAUAUCACUGUCCUAGUUGGCGGUGUAGAGCUUAAAAGUAGCUUAUAUUGUCGUGGGGCACAGAAUAGAAGCCCAGAGAAGCGAACUGUGACAAGAAGGACCCCGGAGAGCUGAGAGAACAUCUAUGGUCAGUCUCAUUAGUUUUCCGGCACGUGCCAAUUCGUUCAUUAGUGUCCUCAGUGGUCCCCAGCAUAAUGGCCAUUAAGAUAUUGGAUGGAAUAAUAACAACAUGUUUUCUCUCGAGAAGGUAUUUUGCCUUUCAUGGGAAGGCAACUUCAAUAGGAGUUUAAUAUUCUGUCACGCCGGAGGCCAUUGGCUUCCUUUCGGCUGUGGGCGUCUUCGUGGUCCUGCUGGCCAUCCUCUUCCUCUUCAUCAACAAGAAGCUGUGCUUCGCCCGUGUCGGGGGGCUGCCCUGCCUGGAGCAGUACAGCCGCCGCAAGCGCAAGGAGCGGGGCGUGCACCAGGGCCUGGUGACGUCAUGACGUCCUCCUGGGGGCCCGGCUUCCAGACGUUCUCGGCCCGGCUGGCUGAGAUGUCGGAGGCCCUCUUGGGCAGCCUCCUUAGCCUGGGCCGCCCUGGACCCACCGAGCCGUCGGAGCUGGGUCAGGACCCCUCUGAGCCCACUGCAGGUUCUGGUUCAGGUGACGACGACGACGCUGACGACGGCGGCAGCGAUGACCGUGAAGGAGACCCGGAGAAGGGGGACAGACUGCAGGCCCUGCAGGCUGAGUUGGCACGCAGGGGCCUGGGGGGCGGGCCUCAGCCUGCCCCCUCGCCCGACCAGCUGUCCAUCAUAGCGGAGGAGAGGGAGGACCUGGAGAGCCAGAGGAGCUUGGCAAACUCACGCUGCUCGGCUGUGCACUCGGCUGUGAACAGCUACGGCGAUGACGGGGAGCAGACAAGCUCGUCGGACAGCGAGGAUGACGUGGCGAAGCAGUUCGAGAUCUCCAUGUCGCGCUCGCAGAGCUUCCGCUCAGCCGCCAACGAAGCCAGCGGCACACAAGGCGGGCCGGGAGGCCACCACAAGUUCACCCGCCUACUCUCCGACCAGGAGGAGGGCACCACCGAGCCCUCAGACUGUGAGGACAUGGAUGCCGUGAGUCAGCGCAGCCUCAAGGACCCCCUGACCUCUAGGCCCGUGUCCCGCUCAGGGGCCGAGGACACACGCUCCAUCCGAGACCCUCUCUCUGCAUGCGGGGAGGAAGGAAACAGGGACUCCCUGUGCUCCCAGGAGGCGAAGGAAGGGCGGGAGAAGACCACCACCGCGUCCCCGACCCCCACCCCCACCCCAACCCCCAGGGACAGGGCCAGCAGCAGGGCCAGCAGCAAGGCCAGCAGCAGAGCCAGCAGCCGUGCGGGCAGCGGAACGGGCAGCCGAGGAGGCAGCCGGCACGGGCGCCGCAGAACACCCGACAGCCUGGAGAUGGUGGAGACCAUGGCCAUGGAGAACCAGGCCUAUGACCACGAGGGCACGGACAGCUCCUCCACCUGGAGCCCUGAGCAGGAGCAACCACCUGGGGACCCCCUCUCUGUGUCCCCCCGCAUCCCCAUCUCCAAGUGCGGCGAGCUGGUCAUUGUCCUCGACUACCGGCCCACCUCCGGCAAGCUGCUGGUUACCGUGGUGACAGCGCGGGGGAUCCCGGACAAGGCGCGCAGCGGCAUGGACUCCUGGCAGGUGCACGUGGUGCUGUUGCCGGGGAAACGGCAGCGGCACAAGACCGGCGUGCAACGCGGCUCCAGCCCGAGCUUCGCCGAGACCUUGCGCUUCGGGCACAUAGAGGCGGGGGAUCUGGCCAGCUCGGCCCUCAGGCUGAGGCUGUACGCGCUGGGCCGCAUGAGCAGGGAGAGGAUGAUGGGCGAGGCCGUGUACCGGCUCAGCAAGCUCAACGUCGCCACCAACACCGGCGAGACGGAGGUCAUCCUCACCCUGGAGCCCCGUAGCAACCUAAGGAAUGCUGGCUCCCAGCAGAGCCUGUCGGCCGUGUCCCAGAGUGACAGCGCCUCCUCCAGCCAGUCUCUGGCCCACGGCGGGACCCCGGAGCUGCUGGUAGGGCUGGCCUACAACCCCACCACCGGACGCCUGGCCGUGGAGCUCAUCAAGGGCAGCCACUUCCGCAACCUGGCCCUCAACCGUCCGCCUGACACCUACGGCAAACUAACCCUGCUGAACUCCAUGGGCCAGGAGAUCUCCCGCUGCAAGACGUCGGUGCGGCGCGGCCAGCCCAACCCCGUCUACAAGGAGACCUUCGUCUUCCAGGUGGCCCUCUUCCAGCUGUCGGACGUCACGCUCAUGGUGUCCAUCUACAACCGGCGCAACAUGAAGCGCAAGGAGAUGAUCGGCUGGCUGGCGCUGGGCCAGAACAGUAGCGGCCGCGAGGAGCAGCUCCACUGGCAGGACAUGAAGGAGAGCGGCAACCAACAGGUCUGCCGCUGGCACCCGCUGCUGGAGGGCUAGGGGUCGGAGGGAGAGGGGCGGAGAGAGAUGAAUGGAGAAAGAGAUGGGGGAGAGAG